CAGGACUCCAAAGGUGCAGCAGCAGCAACAAGCCGGAGUUCAAAGUUAGCAGUAAAUUGCACAACUUCCAGCUCAUCGCUACGCUCAGUGACUAUUAAGAAGCUGGAAGGCGCUCAGGGAAAAAAAAUAGGGGAGAAGGGAACACCCUCGAAUUGUUUGGGGAUCGUGGAUGUUAUGCUUCUGCCACUGGGAUCAUGGCUCCCUUUGGAAGGAAUUUAUUAAAAGCCCGUCAUAAAAACAGGUCUCCCAACAAGGGCAUGGCUUCAAAUGAAAGAGAAAUUGUGGUUUGGGUUUGCCAAGAAGAGAAGAUUGUAUGUGGCCUUACAAAGCGCACAACUUGCACAGAAGUGAUUCAAGCACUACUUGAGGAACAUCAGGCAACAUUUGGAGAGAAAAAGGUCCUUUUUGGAAAACCUAGUGAUUACUGUAUUGUUGAAAAAUGGAGAGGCUCAGAGCGAGUACUUCCUCCCUUGACAAAGAUUCUGAGACUUUGGAAGGCCUGGGGGGAAGAGCAGUCUAAUUUGCAUUUUGUGUUGGUAAAGUCAGAUGCUUUCCUCUCAUUUCCACUGUGGAAGACAGCUGAAGCUAAGGUAGUACAAAAUGUAGAAAAACAGUGGGAGCUCAGUCCAGCAAAUUACAUGAAGAUGUUGCCGAUAGACAAGCAAAAGAAAAUUGUGAGGAAGACUUUCCGGAAACUGGCCAAGCUUAAACAGGACAGUGUUCAGCAAGAGAGAGAUAAUAUGGAGACACUGAUUCAUCUGAUCAUUUCCCAAGACCAUACUAUUCAUCAACAAGUCCUUAGAAUGAAGGAACUAGAUAUGGAAAUCGAAAAAUGUGAAGCAAAAUUCCAUCUAGAUCGUGUAGCCAAUGAUGGAGAAAAUUAUGUGCAGGACUCCUAUUUAACGAUCAGUUCAGGUGAGGCUGAGCAGCAAGGGAGUAGACCAGAUGAUCAAAAAGAGAUGCAUGACUACUUGAGCAAAAGUGAGGGAAUUUUACAGGUUGAAGAGAGACUGAAACAUCACAAACAAUUAAUAGAGAAGCUGUGUGCUGAAGUUGAAAGAGAGGUACAUGGUAUAUGCACAGAAAAAAAUGAAGAUGAUGUUCACACAGAAGGAGCUGCUAAUGCUGAACUGGAAAACACAAAUUUGGAAAGUAUAAAAUGUGAGCUGGAAAAAAGUAUGAAAGAUGGUCUGAGAAUCAACUCAUACCUGAGCUGCAUUCAAAAAGAACUUACAUACAGGGACUUGCUGCUUCAAAAGAAGGAAAAAGAAUACGAACUUCUUACAGAAGAAUUUAAUUUACUACAUGUUAAAGACAACAUUGAAACUAGGCUUCCAUCAAAUGAAGAACCAUCCAAGGGUAGUAGCAUGUCCAGUAACAGCAUUGCUGUUCCUGACUUUGUUCAUAGAGUGACUAAUCUGGACAUUAAUGAUACAGACUCUGACACUGGAAUCAGCUCUACACACAGUCAGGACUCUGAAAUAACUUCAGGGGACAUGGUGCUGUUGUCAACAUAGUUGAAAACAGUCAUGCAUUUACAAAAAAUCAUGUUUGGGAGGAUAUUUAUAAGAAUUAAUAAACCCGUUGUCUUGAAAGUUCAGCCCUUCAA